AUGGGCAAGAAAAAGAAGGCUGAAGUCAAGUCUACCGCUGACAAGACAGCAGAGGCGGCGAAUCCGCAAGGAAAGCCGGCGAAGACUGAAGGCACGGGCACAGCUCAGACAUCUGAGGGAGCUUACCGAGCGGCAGCGGUGGUGUUUUUUACCCGCAACGAUGAUGCGAGUGUUGCCAGAGUCCUUGUGGCCGUCGAGGAGAGGAAAGUGAAAGCAAGCUUCCUGGGCCUCGAGGACAAAGGCAAAGUUGCCGAGCGGCUGGUGGUGUUUCCGAUGGGACGCAAAGAGAAGAAGGACAAGAACGAUCCUGUUGAAACGGCCAAGCGUGAGUACAUCGAGGAGACCCUCGAUUUUGGUUCGUUGGCAAGGUACUUGGACUUCGCCGAUUUCGACGGUGGCGGCGAUGUCGCUGCAACGAGAUUGGCACCAGGAAGCAAAGUGCCAAUGACAUGGACUGGCGCUGACAACAUGGCGCUGUACUUUGCGCCUGCCGGCUUGACGGUCCUUUUUUGCGAGGUGCCGGCUCAAGAGGCAGAUGAUUCAGGACAUGAACCUCCUGCAAAGAAGCAACGGAAGGAGGAGAUGGCGGCCGAGCUUCAAUCAAGGCCAAAGCCAAGUCCCAGUUAUCACGUUGGAAAGGUGGGGCAUCUGCAGUCUGUUUGGCUUGACGUGAAGUCCUUGCAGACAGUCGCCCAGUCCAAGGAGAAGGCUCCAAAGUUGAGUUUGCAAGGGCAAGACUGUCGAUUUUUUCCAACCAGCGCCAGCGUGUUAAGACUGCCAGAAGCUCGAAGGUGGCUGGGGAUGACGCACGAGACUUGA